GAUUCAGAGGGCUGUUUCCUCCUGCCGGACGCUGUGGAGGUGGACAGCAUGCAGCAUGUGGUCGUCUACGACAGCAACACGAGCUCUCUGGAGGAGGAAGGCAGAGCGGCUGAAUGCGCCCAGGCCCUCGCUGAAGCUAGCCAAUAUCCAGUCCACAUAGUGAGAGGAGGCUUUCAGAGGUUCUCGGCUCUGUACCCUUUCCUAAGGACGGAGAAAAUCCUCUACACCAUCACGGAGCUGGAGAACCUGAAGAUGUAUCCGGUGGAGAUCAUAGCAGGGCUGCUGUAUAUGGGGGACCAGAACCAGGGCUUGGACUCCAGCAUCCUCAGAGACCUUAAAAUCAGCGCCGUCAUCAGCAUCUCACAGAGCGACACCGCGGAAUCGAGAUCCAUAAAGGGGAACCAGACCGUCCUCAACAUCCCGGUGGCCGACUCAGCGGCGUCUGAUUUGUAUUCAAGUUUUGAAAGGAUUUGUAGUUUUAUUGGUUCUCACAUCAACAUGGGCUCUCGAGUCCUGAUAGUUUCCAGGCGGGCCAGGAGCCGCUGCAGCGCCGUAACCAUCGCUUUCCUCAUGCAUCACCUCAAAUACACGCUGGAGGAUGCCUGGAAGUACGUGCUCAAAUGUAAACCCAACGUUAGGCCGAACACAGGGUUUCUACAGCAGCUGUCCGACUGGGAGCUUCACACCGCGGGAACAAAAGUGACCGACAUCUCUGAACCUUGUUUUUAACAACCAACAGCUAUAAAUAAUUCAUAUAUUUAAACAAAUAAAGAUAGAGACAUGUUUUCUUUAUUUCAAAUGACUCUUCAUGGAUGUUUUGUAUAUGGAAUAAAGUAA